AUGGAACCCACCGAGAAGCUCUGCAGGAAAACGCGGGGCCAGGAAGCUGGAGGCAAGCCCCGGACUCCUGGGCCGGAGUCAGAGGGACCACUGAAGGCUUCCGUUUCACGGACUGAAGAUGACCAGGGCAAGCAGUCCUCAUUUCCCAGGGCUGGCUCGGGAAAGAGACCACUGUCAAAGGCCUCUGCAGAGUUAAUGGGUGCUGACACACACACAGCGGGCCCCUACAAAGACCCAGCACCAGCUGCUUGUAGUCCCCAAGCCCAGGAAGAAGUUACUUCUCUAGAGACAGAGGUAAAGACAGCAAAGCCAUCCAUUUCUUCAGUCCCUGGUAAGCACGGGGAGCCUAACACCAACAGUCAAGAGGAGGACCUGAAGAAGGAGUCCCUAGAAGUGACCUGUCAAUUUCGGAAAAAGACUCGAACCCUGUACCGUUCAGACCAGCUGGAGGAGCUGGAACGGCUAUUCCAGGAAGACCACUAUCCAGACAGUGACAAGCGCCGGGAGAUUGCCCAGAUGGUGGGGGUCACCCCCCAACGCAUCAUGGUGUGGUUUCAGAACCGUAGGGCAAAGUGGCGAAAAGUGGAGAAACUGAGCGAGAAGGAAAGUCGGGAUGGUCCUGCAGCCCCCAGUGAGGACAGCAGUCAAAGCAGGUCUGCACCUGAGCUCCCAGCUCCCAUGCCUACAGAUCUAGAACCCGGCCCUGUUCCCCCAGAGCACAUUUUGGACCCCUUUCCAGAGCCCCCCAUGCUGCUGACUUCUGACCAGCCUCUGACCCCCUCUCAGCAAAGUGAGGGUGCUCAGAGGGUAGCAGAGACCUCACCACUCUUAAGCCCCCCACCUCUUCGAAGGACCAACCUUCCUCUUCCUCUUGGUCCUAUGCAAACUCCUCAAGUGAUGCCCCCACUAAGGGACAUUCCUGGAAGUGACAGCCUACACAAGGACAGCCCCUGUGGGUCCUGGGGCCCCAGCAUCUCCUCAUCACCCUCAAAUUUGGAAGACCUGGGGCCUCAGUAUUACCAAGCAAGCAGCCAGUUGGGUUCAUUCCAGUUCCCCCAGGCUCCACAGACUCCUCUUUUCCCACCGUUUCAGUCCCAGUUUCCUUAUCUGCCCCCCUUCCCUUUCCCCAUCCCAAGCUUUCUCCCGCCGGAAGACUCUCUUUUUUCUUUUCCUUUUGGCCUCAGUGGGGACACAUCACAGGAUUAUUGCCCAGGGCCUCCACCUGGUCAGCUAUUGCUACAGCCACAUGCUGGAUACAUGGGUCCAGGACCCUGGAGUGGCCACUGUCUGCCAGAACCUCCCUUCCCUGGUCCACUCUGCCCACAGACUCUGGGGCACCCCCUGGGGGUAGAUGGCUUCUUUCCAGACCUGCUUCCGGCUCCAUGUGCUCAGACUGUGAGCAAGCAGCCUUCAUUAGGACUCAAUGGGCUUCCUGAAGGCACUAGACCAGAGACAGGGUCCUCACUAAGCAAAAUGCCAGAGGAGCAGACUGCCUCUUCCCUUGAGCAACCUGCACCAGAGGAGGUGAGAGACAAAAGCAAGAACAGUCAUGCCACUGAGACGAAAGAGUAAAGAGAAGGUCCUUGUCAGGGGCUGUGGGGCAGAACAGGAUUGAGGCACUCAUGUAAAGAACAGGAUUGAAAGUUUUGAAAGGGAUGGGAGUCCAAGGUCUUCCCAACCUGGGCUUUAAGAAGGAAGGGAGCUGGCAUCAUUUUUCCUUUACCCUUUGGGAGUUCUGAAGAGAACUGGGCCAUGCUACUUGUAAAUGUUACAUCAGUUUCUAUGGUUUUGGUUGCUCCCUAGACAUUGAGUUGGUGUCCAUUGUAUUCAAUAAAACAGUAACUAUUGGGUGUUUUUCUGGGAAUGAAGAGCUGUGUUUCUGACUACUUGUCUGGGUUUGUUAGAUGUAACCCUCAAGGGAGGUCCCCACUGGGUAUCACCAUAUGGAGCCUGGCAUUUCCAUGGGCCCACUAAAAGAGGAUUGGGGCACCUUGUGUUUUUCCUUUAGCUCUGCCACUAGCAUUGUCUAUUCCCAAACACAGAACUGGAAG